AUGCCGUUUCCAGAAAGGCUUAAAAUAUCCGUGAUGUCGGGCAGUUCAGAGCGGAACAUUCUCUAUGAACACAAAAUCCCAAAUUCUAACACAUUACCUCUGUCGCUGGCGGUCGCUUUAUCCCGGGGUACGCAGCGACAAUCAUAUAUCUCGCGCUCCCGGGAUUACAUGUACAAGAGUUUUGUUGGCACACUUGACAUACAUAUGCGGAAUUACUAUCACUUCUAUGAUACCCGCUCUGGUUAUGGAACACUCAAGACCGAGUUGGCCGUUCCCAAUCACAAUGAGAGGCAAAUAGAAGGUCUCCGAGUGAUUUUUACGCGUAUCCUUAGUGAGGCAAUGGGCCGAUGCCGAUGCAUUGAUUUAUGA